UUUUGCUUUUCCUUUCUCCUUCACCACCAGUAGCUUCUUCCCUUUCUCCUAUUACAAGCCAGUUGCAGGUCGCCAUUCCAGUCGAGCAAGCAAUCUCUGUGGUUUUCAGCUAUUUUUCCCAGUCUGAACCCUUCAGAAUUGCUACCAGCUCCAACGUCAAAAUCCAUAUUCUUUCCCUUUGAAUAUUCACGCAUCCAACGGCUUUCACUGCCCAGGAGCGUAUUCCACCGUCGCUGGCUCCUUUAAGCAGCUAACGUUAUUUUUCCUGAAUCAGCAAGUUUUUGCAAUUCCCUUCAACGGUUAUCAGUUCUGGUUCGGAGCUUGAUUUUGUUUUAAGCAGUACUAGUGAAGAUUGAUUGAUAAAAUGGUAAUGUUCUCAAAGCAGAAGACUCAUGUGUUUCAACUGCCAUUAUGUGGGGCUGAUGAUGUCAUCCUCUCACUUUCAAAGUAGCGUCAAUGGAGACCAGAAUCAUGGUUAUCGCUCUCUGUGCCAGUCUUUCUCCAAAGAAGAACCACAAUUCUCCUGGUUCUUCAACUUCUCAAAGUAAAAGAUGCAAAUAUGCCGGUCAAUCAGUGAGAGCACUACCCAUACGCAUCUUAACAGUAGGAAAAAAGAGGUCCCUUGGGGUUCAACUCUUAGCAGAUGAGUACAUAGGGAAGCUAAAGUAUUAUUGCAAUGUUGACGACAUUCAAGUUCGGUCUAAUCCUAAAAAUGCUCGGAUAAAUGUUUUAUGUUGUAAUUAUGGGUUGAUUCUGGAGAUAUUGCACUGUAGUGAUGCAAGGGCUCAGGUUGAUGAUGAAGACAUGUCAGUAAUGAACCUUAUCAGUUCUGAUGAUUGGGUUGUGAUGCUGGAUGAGGACGGAAUAGAGAUUGGAUCAGAGCAGAUGGCUGAAUUGGUGGGGGAUGCAGGGAAUACUGGAGCUUCAAGGUUAUUAUUUUGCAUUGGUGGACCUUAUGGUCACGGACAACGCAUAAGGAAGCGGGCUAACAUGUCAAUCAGGUUAUCCUCUAUGGUAUUAAAUCAUCAGAUUGCGUUGCUUGUGCUAAUGGAACAACUAUAUAGGUCGUGGACUAUUUUGAAGGGACAAAAUUACCAUCAUUAACUGCUCCCUUCUUUUUGAAUCGUGCAUAAAGGUCAUCUCCAAUUGAUGUAUAUUUUAUCUUCUUCUUCAUCCUUCUAUUUGCGUAUGGUUUAAGGACCAAAAUUUAAAUGCUCUCUCUUCUCACUUACAUGCUACACAUCAUAUUCCUUUUCGAAUAAGUUGAAUGGAGGGAGGAUAGUAUUUAAGAAUUUAUCGCUCAAAUGGUGUAUGGCACCCAUGUAGUAUGUUCUUUAUCGUCAAAGGUGUGCUGAGCCCUUAAACUCUCCAUUAUAUUUUCAAAUAUAGAGGUUCAUAUUCAUUGUGAAGCAUAUUUGUAACUUAUUCACUUGUAAAUUUGAUCCACUAGAAUAUAAGCUUAAGCUGCAUGGUCCUACA